AGUGUGUGCUGAUGAGAAGUCCUCAAGGGGAUCUUGAAUUUAUUUUUUUUCUGAGGUGAUUUUCAGCUUCUGACUUGUGCCCGCCUUGUUAUUUAACAGGACACCUCAGGUUCUGCAUCAAAGCAUCUGCAGUGAGAGGUGCAUGUUUUAAAGCCUCUUUAACCUUCUCCAUUUGGCUGGUGGGUGUCUGGGUUGCUGCGACAGGUUACGUCUGGCUCACACACUCUCACACACACACACACACACACACACACACACACACACACACGCUCUUUACUGUGCAGCUGGAAAGAUCAAGAGUUUGUGUUACACAUACCUGCACUGAGAGGACUGAGGGGUGUGUGUGUGUGUGUGGUCUGAGGGACUCAGCUGGUCUGGGAGUCAGAGAGGCAGCCAUCUCUAAGUGCUUUCGGCAAGAAGAAAAAGGAGACAAGUUCAUACUGCAGAGUGCUUCUCACAGACUGCGGGCAGAGCCAAGGGAUAAUGAUGAAGAUUAAACGGACUCUGUGUAGAUUCUCCUGUUUGGUGACUCUGUUGGUGGAGCUGAGUUGGAUAAACGUGGGCCACAGCAUGCACACAGAAGGAGGAAGUAGGCAGGAAGCGAAGCAGUGGGAAAGGAAGGUGCGGUCAGCCUCCAGCCUGGAUGAACUGCUGAGGCUCGCAGACUUUCCAGACUGGAAGUUGUGGAAGUGUCGUCUGAGACUGCAGCAGCCAGAGACCCUCUCUUCUCCACCUUCAGUGGGCUCACACCGCUCGACACGCUACGCUGCCGAAUCUUACAGCCUGGAGAUACUCAAAGCCAUAGAUGAAGAGUGGCAGCGGACUCAGUGCAUGCCGAGGGAAACGUGUGUCGACGUGGCCAAGGAGCUUGGCACCGACCCCUCAAUGUUCUUCAAGCCACCUUGUGUGUCCGUCCACAGGUGCAGUGGCUGCUGCAACCAAGAAGGAGUCACCUGCAGAAACACAACGACUGUAUAUGUGAAUAAAACUGUCCUGAGUGUGAUUCCCUUCAAGUUUGUACCCGAGCCCGUGCUAAUAAAAGUAGCUAAUCAUACAGAGUGCCGGUGCAUGGAGCCUGCCAUAAUACGACGUAAUGCUGAACCUCAGGGGAGCAGUGGCUGCUCUCCGAUGGGCCAGCGGUCAGAGGCAGAGGACUCCAGGAGACUUUGUGCCAGUGGGCUGAUUUGGGAUUGUUCAUCUGACAGAUGCAUACCUUACCCUUCCAGCACAGAAGAGUUACCACUCAGUUCAUGGAUGCCUGACUGUGAGAUAGACGUCGAGCGCUGUGACUGUCUUCCCAGACCUGUGCCGACUCUCCAGCCGAGACUGAUCCAUCGCUGUCAUCUCAACUCUUCCAUCUGCGCCCGGAGAAAUCAGCGUUUUCAUCAAGCCUCCUGCAGAUGCAAAUGAUCCAUGUAGAAGUCCACGGGGGGGGAAAUUACGACAACCUGCUCACCAAGGAUGUUUGGAGGCAGAGAAAAAAGGCUCAUAAUUUAUUUACAGUCCUAUUUAUGCCGAUCACUUUAACUAAUUAAGAAGAUAUUAACUCACAUGACCAUGUUAAUUGAUUUUUUAACAUGUUUACAUUUUAUUUCAAUCAAUGUUUAAAGUUUAUGAUUUGUACCUUUGUUCUUUGUGCACUGAAUAUGUAGUUUACAUUAAAAGAUUAUUUUUAUAAUUUGAAUCUGCGAUGAAUUUAUGGAUUAUUGCUUAUCUUCUGAUGGAUGCACUGUUUUUUAAUCUUCAUAAAUCAAUUUUCUCUUGUUUUUCAAAAUAGUGGAGUACAGACCUCACCGGGGCUUAAAAGGGUGCAAAACACAACUUUGGAGAAGCUUUUAAACUUGUUGCACACAUCAUGGGCAUCAAGGGCUGCUAAAUUCUGUCAUGGGAAAUUACAUUGUUCAGUAUGAUGGAGUAUAAGGGUGACAUUGAUCAACAAUCAGAUUCUGAGAAUUAAGUCAUAAUAUUGCAAGAAUAAAGUCCUAAUUGUGCUGGGGGAAAAAAAUCACAAUAUUACAAAAAUAAAGAGGUGAUUUAAUGAGAAUAAAGUCAUACUAUUUUAAGGAUAAAGUCAUGAUUUUAGAAGAAGAAAGUCCUUAUAUUAUGUAAUUAAACUUUACCAGAAACACUCAUAUUUAUGCCAGAAAGUCAGAUGACAUGGUAAAAAAAACAUGACAAACUACCUGACAGAGAGAAAAUGUGAUGGAUGAUGAAUGAACGGGACU